AUGCAUCAUUUGGAAGCUAUUGGACAACAUCCCGAACUACGUGGUGAAUUCUGCCAGGAUUUAAGAGAAGUGGGGAACAUCGUACUGUUCUGUAUGCAGUUAGAAUUGGGAUUGGCCCAGGAAGAAGUGCAAGACUUGUUAGUGGCAGCCGCGUACACUAAUGCUAUUCCUAAACCUCAUGCUAGAAAUGUAAUGGAGCAAGAGAAGCAGCUAGCAAAACUGGAGGAGAAGUAUUCUCGCAUUCAACUUACCAGUGUAAUUGAAAAGUACGGAUCAGACAAGCAAAUAGCAAUCGCCAGAGAGGCCGAGUUGAUGACUAAAGAGAGACUUUGCUGUGGCUUGAAUGUGUUUGAAAUGUUUUUGCAGCGUAUCAAGCAAAUGAUAGUUCCGGAAAUGGCGUACAUUGGUUCCCAUCCCAGUAACGGUGUAAUGUGCAUAAAUGAGUGUGGCGAAUUUCACAGGGUUUACUCAGCUCUACAGUUCUGGCUGUGUUUCCCUCCUUUAGUUGCUGAGGAGAAUUUGAACGAAGAAUGGUUCGGCGAUUCGGUUGUGUGGGCUGGACUCACCAUCAUCAGCUUAUUAGGCCAACAACGACGAUAUGAAGUUUUGGACUUUUCUUAUCAUUUACACAAAGUCCAGAAAGCUGAUGGAAAGACUGAUGCAGUCGAUGGAGUCGCUGUACCUCGAGUGGUAGAGAGAAUACGUCGCUUCCAGCUACUGAAUAACCAAAUCUUUGCUAUUUUAAAUAAUUUCUUAUCACAGUCCGAGGAGUUCGAGGAGGAACGUGUUUUGGAGUUCCAACCACCAAUGCAUCCUAGUAUUUCGAGCCAUCCUGUUGACUGA